AUGUCUUCGUUCCUCCGAUCUGCUCUUCGUGCCCGUACUGUACCUCGAUACAACAACACCGCUUUCCGCACCACCAGAACAUUCACCACCACAUUGCCCAACAUGGUUGUCCACAACGUCAACACCCUCGGCGAGUUCAAGGCCGCCAUUGCCGACCACGAGAAGGUUCUCGUCGACUGCUUCGCUACCUGGUGCGGUCCCUGCAAGGCCAUCGCGCCUAUCCUGGCCGAUAUGUCCAACCAGGAAGCUUACAAGGACGUCUACUUCAUCAAGCUCGAUGUCGACGAGGUCCCCGACGCGGCGCAGGAGCUUGGCGUCAAGGCCAUGCCGACCUUUUACUUCUUCAAGAACGGCGAAAAGGUGGACGACAUGAUGGGCGCGAACCCCGCUGGUCUCAAGAGCAAGGCCGAGGCUCUGUUGGCGUAA